ACGAAUUUGGGUAAGACUAGCAAUGACGCAUCCUGGACAUAUAGGGGACAUAUAACAAUCAGACCCGAUGGUAUUGUUACUUUUCUUCUCCGUCGUACUCGCCCUCAUCCAGACCGCACACCCUCCCUGAAACCUCUGUCUGGCACCAACCACCCGUCAACCCAUCUCAACAUACCUACCUCUUCUUUGGAACUUAUUGAGAGACUGCUCGAGGGGACCAUGAACCGGAAAGCAGCACAGAAGCUCCGGCGGUGGCAGCACGAAUGGCAAUCGCGCAACGUAAACACACUGGUCCUCGAUUACGUCGAAGCGGAGACCAAGCUGCGCUUCAACAUCCAGCGGGAAGCCAGGGUCCAAGUGGAGCAUGAAGCUCUUUUCAUCAGCAGUACUAAGAACACCGACAACGACAAGAGAGCAACGGCAUCGACGGUCUCGAGGGUGGAGGCACUGCAGAAAGAACUGCGCUCGCUCUCCGAGGGCAUUUAGCACCAGGAGCGCAAGCUGGACAUGGUUCACGCUCGGCUCUGUUCCCUACCGAUCCGACGGGCCCUGGUCAGCUGCCACAAGGACAAGGAGUGGUACUUGUCGGAGUGGAUGCGGGCGGACUGCGCGCGCCGCGAGGGCUGUUGCGCGCGGGAGUGCGGCUGCUGUCGGCGGCCGCAGCAUCGGGGCCACUGCACCGCGGCGUGCGCGUGCUGCGAGCAGAGCAGAGGGUUUGCGGUCACCGGCAAGGAUGUCUGGGAGCCGGGGAAGAUGGCUUGGGUGUCGAUAGAGAACCAGCUGAAUAUUUAUGCGACGCGGUUGAGGGAUGCGUAUUUCUUCGGGCUGUGAGGUUGGGCUGCAUGCUUGCUGCGCUUCGGUUCUCUUUAGGUUCUUUUUUCGUGUAUUGCUCUCCGAAUGUGUUAUCCAGAUUGCUUCUAUGGAUUGCUGAGGCUAAUAGGAUUUGUGUGUCG